CCAUUGCAGCUUUUGAUGGAGACAUCUGGCGACUGUAGCAGCCCAUAUGUCAGGGUGACUCCUGGGUUCCUGACACAUCUGCAAGAUUUGGAGCCCCAAGUGGCAAGAAGACGCUUAUCUCAGGCACGACACCGGGCUACGCUGGCAGGACUCUUCAACAACCUGCGGAAAACUGUGUUUUCUCAGUCAGACAAUUCAGCAUCAAAGUGUCAGGUUUUGCGUAAAGCUAAGAAUUAUAUCCAGGAGCUGGAGCAAACCUUGGGUACCUUGCUGAAGAUGAAAGAGUCCUUCAAUCUGGAGGAUGGGAACCCGUCCAGCUUGGAGGAAGUCAAGGAGGAAUAUGUCAAGAUGUACUUCAGCGAUCACAGUACUGCAUCCCCUUCAGAUGCCAUGAGUGAGAGUGGCUCUACGGUCUGGUAUUUGAUUCAAGAAUAUGAAAAAAACUCAGUGGAAGAGGAUGGGAAGCCAAGACUUAUCCAGUCCCCAGCCACUUCAUCUCCUGAUCUGAUGGAGUUUGAACGGUACCUGUAUUUUUAUAAACAGACCGUGGACCUGCUGGUUGAGAAUGGGAUUGUGUGUACCGAAGAGGUCACUCUUCCUGUGGUCUCCACAGCUGUUUCCCACCUAUGGCAGAAUCUGCCAGAGGAAAGGAGAAACAGCGUCUUGCAGUACUGUAGUCAGAGACAAAAUAUACUCCCAGAUCCUCAGGCAGCCUGCACUGAAGGCAGUGUGAGGAACAGCAGAGCUAAUAGUCAAGAAGCCAGUGGUUCAUUGGUAUCCACGCCCGAGGAGAUACUAUUUGAAGAUGCAUUUGAUGUUGCUGCUGGCUUCCUUGACAGAAACGAGACUCAACAAGCAUCCAGUCCAGGCUCCAUGUUCGCAGGCUGCACCUCAGAAAAUCCAGAGGAUAACCACCGGCUCUACUUGCAGAUCACUGGUUUCUUAAAGGGUCUUUUCUUUGCUAACACACAGUUUCCCCAGGAAGAAGCUCUUCAGUUUGACUACGAGACCGUGAUGCUGCAGUGCACGGAGACCUUUGAUGAUGAAGAUUUGUAA